AUGAUGAGCUGGAACUCGGAUCUGGAGGCCGUCCAUCCUGCCAGGAUGCAGAGGUCCCGGUGCAUCCUGGGAGCCCAGCGGGUCCCCGCGGGUCUCCCCCGGAGCCAGCUCCACGUGGUGCUGCUCCUCUUCCUGCUCGUCUGGCCAGCGUCCCGCGCCGGAAUCCCCACAGGUCAGUUUGAGCCCCGUUUCCACGACAGCAGCCCAGGAUUUACAGCGCAGCGGCUGAGGCCAGAGUGCCCCCAAAAUAACCGCCGUCUACAAAGCUGGAACCCAGGGCAUGAUAAAGACCGGACCGUGGUGAUAGGAUCUGGCACGUUUCUCAGAUUGGAUUCUUCUGCGACUGUCAACUCUAUUCUCAUAGAGGGAGGAGGAGUAUUGGUUUUUGCUGACAACUCAACACACAAUAUUGUGCUGAAAACAAGACACAUUCUUAUUCGAGACGGGGGCGAGUUGCACAUUGGUUCUGAGAAGUGCCCCUACAGAGGCACUGCUACCAUAGUGCUCUAUGGGAAAUCAACAGACCAGAACGAAGUCCAUGACUUUGGGAGCAAGUUUAUUGGUGUGGACAAAGCCGGCACGCUGGAAAUGCACGGCCGAAAGCCAGUCUCCUGGACUCUCCUGGCGAGAACCCUGAACCCCAUGGGUUUGCAGUAUGGACCGUAUAAAUUUGAGCGGUUCUGGGGCAGUAGAGGCAUCAAUGUCAGGGUGGUGGAUGACGGAACGGGUCAGGUGCUGGCCGCAGACCGCUUUGACACUCACAUGUUCCCCAAUGACAGCCUGAGGCUCAAAGACUUCCUUGACCAGCAGCCAACCGGGGUGAUCGUUGCCAUGGCGGUGGGGGACUCGGCAGCCAAGAGCCUGUCGGCUGAGACCCGGGAGUUCAUCAUCGAGGUUUUGGGGAGCAAGUUUAUUAAACACCUGGGGUACAGGCAGCCCUGGGCACUGGUGGGCAUCUUGCGGGCAGGCCCCUUCUCCACCACAGAAAGGAAGCGGCCAUAUUCCCGGAGUGGAACCACAGGCACAGCCGUUGCCAGGAGACAGUUCUACACCUACAACGGGGUCCGCUUCACUGUCACCGCCUACAGUGAAUGGGUAAAAGGGUCACCACACAUCGGGUUUAAGGUGGAGGCCAUGAAGGGCCUGAUCAUAGACCUGGCAGACGAUGUGUCCAGUUGGAAGCCUGGGGACCAGCUGGUUGUGGCCAGCACUGACUACUCCAUGCACCAAGCUGAAGAGUUCAAGCUCCUCCGCUGUCCGGAGUGCAGGCGCACCCAGGUCAAAAUUGAUGGUAAGCCCCAUUACCUACACAUGGGGGAGGUGGUGGAUGGGGUGGACAUGAGGGCAGAGGUGGGGUUGCUCACCAGGAACAUCAGAGUCCAGAGUGAGAUGGAGAGCUCCUGCUAUGGAUACAACCAUUGCCACCUCUUCCAGCAGGACACCUUCGGAGGGCACAUCAAGAUCCAGAAAGGGUUCCGCUCAUUCCACAUGUCCGGAGUUGAGCUAAUCGGACUGGGCCAACAGAACCGGGGCAGCUACCCUGUGCACUUCCACCUGGCAGGGGACGUGGACCAAAGGGGAGGGUAUGACCCCCCCACCUACCUGGACAACCUGUCUGUCCACCACUGCUUCUCCAGAUGUGUCACUGUGCACAACACACAUGGGCUGCUGGUGAAGGAUGUAGUGGGGUACGACACUUUGGGCCACUGCUUCUUCCUGGAGGAUGGUGUGGAGCAGAGGAACACCUUCUACCACAAUCUGGGUCUCCUGACCCGCCCCGGCACCAUCCUGCCUACUGACAGGGAUGAGACCAUGUGCCUGCGCAUCCGUGCCGCUGUCUAUGGAGAUUACACCCCCAGCCCCAGCACCGACUGCAUGGCAGUCAGCACAUUUUGGAUUGCAAAUCCCAAUAAUAACCUCAUCGGCAAUGCAGCUGCUGGCUCCCAGGAUGUGGGAAUGUGGUUUAUUUUCCAUCGUGUUCCUACGGGGCUGUCCGAAGGCUGGUACCCAGAAGGCCAGGCAGAGCUGACGCCGUUGGGAGUAUUUCGGAACAACAGGGUGCACUCCAACUUUAAAGCUGGGCUCUUUAUUGGAAAGGGGGUGAAGACCACACACGCCAGCGCUAACAAUCCCAGGGAGUACCUGACGAUUGACAAUGCCAGGUACCGGCCCCACAUGGAUGCAGACCCCACCAAGCCGCGUGCCGCUGCCCUCAUUGAUGGUCUGAUAGCCUUUAAGAACAAUGACCAUGGAGCGUGGGCCCGAGGAGGAGACGUCAUCUUUAAGAAUUGUGGGUUUGCAGACAAUGGCAUUGGACUCACACUAGCAAGCGAUGGAACUUUCCCCACUGAUGAAGGUUCAAGCCUGGAGGUGACAGACUCAAUAUUUGUGGGGGAGAGCAGUAAUGUGGGCAGCCAUGGAGGCCAGAACAGAUACUGGGGCAAAGGCACUAACAACAUAUACAGAACACUCCCCCGAAACAAGACUUUCCCGAUUCGGGGGUUCCAGGUGUAUGAUGGUCCAGUGAGGCUUACCAGAUGCACUUUUAAGAAGUUCUCCCCCACCGUGGAUCGGUUCUCCAGUGCCGUUGGGUUCUCUAUGAAGAACGCCUGGCAGGGAAGCCCCCAGAACAACAUCUCUGCCGUCAAGAUGGAGAGAACGGUGGGUCUGAAUUUAUUCUUUGGCCAGCCGGGCCCAUGGUUCGGGGCUAAUGACAUGGAUGGGGACAAGACAGCCAUCUUCCAUGACCUGGAUGGCUCUCUGACGGGGUACCCAGACUGCUAUGUGGCACGGGCCGAUAACUACCUGAUCCGGCACCCUGGCUGCCUCACUGUGCCCCGGUGGAAUGGUGUGAUCUGCCACGGACAAUAUGCACAGCUCUACAUCCAGGCCCGUCGGCCGGAGAACCUGACCCUGAUCAUGACACGGGAGAGGUACCCCAACCACCCGCUCUCCCUGCAGGGGGUCACCCGCGGCGCCCCCUACCAGCAGUACCAGCCUGUGGUCAUGCUCCAGCAGGCCUACUCCAUCUACUGGCACAGUGGAGUGCCUGAGGAGAUCAUCCUGUACCCCAUAAACUUUGACAGGAAAGACUGGAUCCUGUUGGCGCUGUGCUUCCCCAGAGGAACUGUAUUCAAAGUUGUGUCGGACAUCUACCAGAGAGAGAGCGGGAGGGUGCAAGGCGUGGCGCAUUAUGAUUCUGCACCUUCCCUCAGAUCCCUACAGGAAGACCGCAACAACAAUCUCUAUCACUACAGCAACAGGACAGGAUACCUGUUCCUUUACCUGCAAGCUGCUCACCAACGGCUGGGCCACAGCUACUGCUCAGAGCAUGGCUGUGAGAGGAUCAAGAUCCAGGCCAUCAUCCCCUCCUCUGCCCCAAGGACUUGUCACCCCCACCCCUUCUCCAAAAAGAGGAGCAGCAAGGAUCCCCCCCGCCGGCUGUGGGCAUCAGAGCGCGUGACCACGACCUGCCCCCUGUGUGGGGCCCCACAGGUGGCUGUGUCUACAGACCCUCUCCAGCAGUAUGUGAGGAUCCAGGUCCUGUCUCUGAGUAGCACCAGUGUUCGGCAGGGCCUAAAGUCUGCUUUCAUUAAGGUAAACGAGGAGGUGUUUCUGUUUGGAAUGACGGGGCUGUUUUUUGUGGUGGUGGACGCUUGCACGGGACACGUGCAAGACAAGAAGCACUUUGAAAUGACGGCGGUCACCCACAACAACACUGCAAUUGAGUCUUAUAUCAUCGCUGUGAAAGAGAGGUCCAUAGUGCUAGUGUGCUCCAGAGACAUCUCGGACCUGCUCGGGGAUACCAGGAUCUCCGUCUUCACCAAACUGGGAUCUGCAAAGCCCGUCAGUCUCUUCCGAAAAGGAAGUCUGGCCUUUCUGGGGUACAGGGGCCAGCCCAGUCCACCCUGGGUGAGGACCAUCAGUCGGGGCUGGGGGGAGGAGUGGGCCUCACUGCAGCACUAUGUACCGCUGGCGCUACGGACUUAUGGGUGCCUGGGGAGAGAGCGGGAGCCCCACGGGGCCAACGCCAUCCCGGGGGGUCAGCACUGGCCGGGCCCCUGAGGGGUAACCCCCGAAACACCCACUACUCAUGUCUGCUUCUGAUUUU